AAUAGGCGCGUUAUUCUACAUAGAAUGGGCCGUAAUUGUGACGUUUCCACUUCAUAAUGCUCUUUUAGGGCAUACUUGUCAAAACAAAAUUACAUUCUUAACACAUUUUUAAACGUCGCCUUCUCUUUCUUUAUUCAGAAAUUCAAUACAAUCAAACAUUUACUCAAAAAAUGCACCAACGGUACUAAUUCUCCAUUGACAUUUGCUGAUAAGCGAUUUUUCUUUCUCUUGUGCUAUGCUUUCACUUAUACUAUAUUCAUGUUGUCUGCAAUACGUGUCUUAUUCUUCUUCUGCACGAUAGUGCUCUUUUCAUCGUCGGAUGGUGAUGCAAGUAAGAAUAGUUUCUUUUUUUGACGAAACAAUAAAAUAGUAGAUAGCAAAUUUAUUGUAAAAAAUUCACGUGUUUUGACCCCGAACUUUCGCUUGAAGUGCACCAUUUAUUCUCCCGAUUAAAAACGAUCCAUUAGUAUUUUAGAUGAGAUAGAUAUCCCAUUUGUUCACGUGUACAGAAAGUAUAAUAACAUUGAAAUUCUCUAGGUAUAACGGCUACUCAAUUGAAAGCUAUUAUGCCUCGAUGUAAACAUCCAGAAUAUUUGAAAAACAUCAAUGAUGCAAUGAGUGAAGGUUCCAUUAAUGCAUGUGCUCGAAAAGCGGCUUUUAUCGCUCAAAUAGCACACGAAAGUGGUGAAUUGGUCUAUAUGGAAGAAUUAGCUACGGGUCAAGCGUAUGAAGGUCGAAAAGAUCUGGGUAAUACUCAAAAGGGAGACGGAAAACGAUUUACAGGUCGUGGCCCAAUUCAAUUGACGGGGCGAGCCAACUACAUAGCAGCUGGAAAAGCAUUAGGCUUGGAUUUGGUGAAUCAUCCUGAAAAGGUCAAAACUCCUGAAGUCGGAUUUCGAACGAGUGUAUGGUUUUGGACAACGCACAAAUUGAAUGUACUGGCCGAUAAGAAAACACUCACAUCAUUUCGAAUGAUUACUAAAAGAGUCAAUGGA